GCAACGGUCCUAUCGCGAGAUGAACGUGAUGUUCAGCCGCUAUCCCUGGAAGCUACUAUAGCCCGUCUAUAGCCAGCUACCUAACAGCCAAUAGCUGGCUUGUUGCGAAAACGGAUGUUCCGAGGUUGACAGGUCGAUGUCUGAGGAAGCCCAUUACUGAGUGGCGUGUUAGCUAGCAAAUCAAGAUGGAGUGUGAGUGGAAGCCAGACGAGCAGGGGCUCCAGCAGAUCAUACAGCUCCUGAAGGAGUCCCAGUCGCCGGACACGUCAACCCAGAGAUCCGUCCAGCAAAGACUAGAACAGCUCAACCAGUAUCCUGACUUUAACAACUAUUUGAUAUUCGUUCUCACAAAGUUAAAAUCAGAAGAUGAGCCCACUCGCUCCCUGAGUGGACUGAUUUUGAAGAACAAUGUCAAGGCUCACUACCAGUCGUUUCCUAACGGCGUCUCAGACUUCAUCAAGAAUGAAUGUCUACAAAACAUUGGCGAUUCCUCCCCUCUUAUCCGGGCCACUGUGGGUAUCCUCAUCACAACCAUCGCCUCUAAAGGAGAGCUACAGAACUGGCCCCAGCUCCUGCCUAAACUGUGCCUCCUGCUGGACUCUGAGGAUUACAACACGUGUGAGGGUGCGUUCGGAGCGCUGCAGAAGAUCUGUGAGGACUCUGCAGAGAUCUUGGACAGCGAUGUUCUCGACCGCCCGCUCAACAUCAUGAUUCCCAAGUUCCUGCAGUUCUUCAAGCACAUCAGCCCUAAGAUAAGGUCUCACGCCAUUGCCUGUGUCAAUCAGUUCAUCAUCAGCCGAACCCAGGCUCUGAUGUUACACAUCGACCCCUUCGUGGAGAACCUGUUUGCCCUGGCAACAGAUGAGGAGCCUGAGGUGAGGAAGAACGUGUGCCGGGCGCUGGUCAUGCUGCUGGAGGUCCGAAUGGACAGACUGCUGCCUCACAUGCACAGCAUCAUACAGUACAUGCUCCAGCGGACCCAGGACCAGGACGAGAACGUGGCGCUGGAGGCCUGCGAGUUCUGGCUCACUCUGGCCGAGCAGCCCGUGUGUAAGGAGGUCCUGGCCGGACAUCUCCAUCUGCUCACCCCUGUGCUUGUCAACGGGAUGAAGUACUCCGAGAUUGACAUCAUUCUGCUCAAGGGAGACACCGAGGAGGACGAGGCCGUCCCUGACAACGAGCAGGACAUCCGCCCGCGCUUCCACCGCUCGCGCACCGUGGCGCAGCACCACGAGGGAGGCGGUAUCCACGACGACGAUGGCGACGACGACGACGACGACGACCUGGACGACGACGAGACCAUCUCGGACUGGAACCUGCGAAAGUGCUCUGCGGCGGCGCUGGACGUCCUGGCCAACGUGUUCCGGGACGACCUCCUGGCUCACCUGCUGCCGCUCCUCAAGGAGCUCCUCUUCCACCCGGAGUGGGUCGUCAAAGAGUCCGGCAUCCUGGUCCUGGGAGCCAUCGCAGAGGGCUGCAUGCAAGGCAUGAUCACCUACCUGCCGGAGCUCAUCCCCCACCUGGUGCUGUGUCUGGCGGACAAGAAUGCCCUGGUGCGCUCCAUCACCUGCUGGACCCUCAGCCGCUACGCCCACUGGGUGGUGUCGCAGCCCCCCGACUCCUACCUCAAGCCCUUGAUGACGGAGCUGCUCAAACGCAUCCUGGACAGCAACAAGAGGGUCCAGGAGGCUGCCUGCAGUGCGUUCGCCACGCUGGAGGAGGAGGCGUGCACAGAGCUGGUUCCCUACCUGGCCUACAUCCUGGACACGCUGGUGUUCGCCUUCAGCAAGUACCAGCACAAGAACCUGCUCAUCCUCUACGACGCCAUCGGAACCCUGGCCGACUCGGUGGGACACCACCUCAACAAGCCGGAGUACAUCCAGAUGUUGAUGCCUCCUCUGAUCCAGAAAUGGAACGAACUUAAGGACGAAGACAAAGACCUCUUCCCUUUACUAGAAUGUCUGUCGUCGGUGGCCACGGCCCUCCAGAGUGGCUUCCUGCCGUACUGUGAGCCUGUGUACCAGCGCUGUGUGAACCUGGUCCAGAAGACCCUUGCCCAGUCCAUGGUGAGCACCCAGCACACAGGAGGACAUUCUGGAGGCAUUUCUCUCCACCAAUCACAGCCAGAGCAGUACGAGGCCCCGGACAAGGACUUCAUGAUCGUAGCUCUGGAUCUGCUCAGCGGACUGGCUGAGGGGCUGGGGGGCAACAUCGAGCAGCUGGUGGCUCGCAGCAACAUCCUCACGCUCAUGUACCAGUGCAUGCAGGAUAAGAUGCCUGAAGUCCGCCAGAGUUCGUUUGCUCUGCUGGGGGAUCUGACCAAGGCCUGCUUCCACCAUGUGAAGCCCUGCAUCGCUGAUUUUAUUCCCGUACUCGGUACUAAUCUGAAUCCUGAGUUGAUAUCUGUGUGCAACAACGCAACUUGGGCUAUUGGUGAGAUCGCGAUACAAAUGGGGCUGGAGAUGCAGCCGUACGUUGCCGAGGCACUGCGUCUGCUGGUGGAGAUCAUAAACAGGCCCAACACACCAAAGACGCUGCUGGAGAACACAGCAAUAACAAUUGGUCGUCUUGGUUACGUUUGUCCUCAAGAGGUGGCACCCAUGCUACAGCAGUUUAUAAGACCCUGGUGCACGUCUCUACGGAACAUAAGAGACAAUGAGGAAAAAGACUCUGCGUUCCGGGGAAUCUGCACCAUGAUAAGUGUAAACCCCGGAGGUGUAGUGCAGGAUUUUAUAUUCUUUUGUGAUGCAGUUGCAUCCUGGGUAAAUCCGAAGGAGGAUCUACGGGACAUGUUUUGUAAGAUCCUGCACGGCUUCAGGAACCAGGUUGGAGAGGAGAACUGGCAGCGGUUCUCGGAUCAGUUCCCUGCUCCUCUGAAGGAGCGCCUGUCCACCCUCUAUGGCGUGUAGCGCUCACGAGCCCAGGGCCCAGUCAGUCGGGUCAAUCACUAUCUGGAGACGUUGUAGGGAGCCUCUUUCAUCCAGGGAACACAUUGCCCUUUGCAUUAGGGGGUAGGGUCUGCCUGCUGGGAGGGUUGGAGGGAGGGAGGGACAGGGUGGGGAGAGAGGGCCCCCUCAUAGCCACAUGGACAGGGAGGGAGGAAUGGGGAGGUCCGCCGUAUUCCAUGCACCGCGAGCAUACGCGGAAUGGAGGAAAAAUAAAUGGCUGCACAACUUAAAUCACGGGAGGAAAACUUGCGUCUCAUCUCAGCAGUCAACCAAUGACGCGUUUAGGAUAAUAACUUUUUUUUCUUUUUCUUUUUUACCUGCCUUCAUUAUUACUUGGGUAUUAAAUACAAGUGUUGUUUAGGGUUUAAAACGUAUAUAAAAAGACCAAUCUAAGAUAAGGUAAUCGAUGUUACAGUGUUGGUGAGUCCUACUACUCGAGUAGAGGGUUCUUUACAACGGGGAAAUAGCUCGUUUAAAUUAGAGUCAAUAAUCCUGGACCUGCCGUGAAUCAGAUCAUGUAGCUGAUCCUUAAAUUAACCCGUCUACCAACGGUGGUGUCCUAGUGAAACUCAAACCUUCUGAAUAUCUGAGGUCCCAACAGCCUGCCAUCUUUAGUGGUUACUGAGUUUUUUUCUAAUAAUCUCUAAUGAUUGAAGGAGUAAUAACAGGUUCCCAUUGGUCACCAGGGCAGAAGCUGUCGAUGUUCUUUGUCUCUUGUGAGAAUACGAUUGUCUUUUCUCAGUUUGACAGCAUGCUUGCAUCAUAACAGAAUUUGCCCGGCAAAAGAGUGCUGUGUUUGUGUGUUGAAUUUGAUUGGUCAUUGGUCAACGUUUUUUUUUUUUUUUUAAGCCGGGUACUCUUUAAGUUUUCUUUGUCUUCUAGCAGAGAGUGACUACUGUAGUCUACCAUGAGCGGGUAUACCAAACAACAAACGGUGAUCUGAUCUCGAUGGCUUGACCUUCUAGCAUUGGGCCAGGCCCACGGCUCUAGAUGUUUUGGCUUCCCAGCUAACUCCUCUUUAUUGGCGGUGGGAUGUGGGCCUGUGUCGUGACAUUUAAACGCCACGUAACGCAGCUCUGUGCAUUCAUCAGCUGUUGCUGACAUCCGAGCCUUUGGGGGGUGAAGAUGGAUGAUGUCAUGCUUCCGUGUUCACCUAUUCAUCUCCUUAUCUCCAUACAAACCACGAAAGCUAGUCGUGUCUUUCUUUGUGAGGUGUGUAAUCAGUUGGCUGUUCAAACCUAGGGAACUUCAUAUCGACGUCAAUUAAAUGUUUAUCUUUAAGGGUACUGAGGGGUUCUUUAAAAACGGUUAAUUCUGAUUUAUGUUUAGUUUUUCUGGUAGCUUUUCUUAAAGCAUGGUCUUGAGGAUGAUUGUGAACUGUUUCGAGUGCUUGUGGUUGGGUGUUGUGGAGUAGCUGAUCCCUAACAUGUUGGUGGCCCCCUUCCCAUAGGGGAAUAUAAUCAAGACAGGGAGGUGGGGGGCUUUAAUUCUAUAUAGGAAACUGUAUAAAAGGUAUAUUAUGGCCUUGCUCAGCAUUGGUUUAUUUCAACACUGGUAUUUUUAAAAGUUUUUUUUAAUGAGAUUUAAUCCUAUUGAGAGCGCUGGUGUAUUCUGCUUCUCUGCGUCCUUUUAAAUACUGUGAAACUACAUAAUAUUGUUGUUGCUUUUGUCUGUUUAUUUUUGUUUCAUGUCACAGCCUGAACGUAUUCCAUGAUGUUUUGAAAUGAUUAGGGAGCACAUUUUAUGUUUUACAACCUUCUUUUUCCACACACACUCUCUCUCUCUCUCUCUCUGCAGGUCAGAGUAAUAAUUGCAGUAUUUUUUACUUUGUGUUUUAAAUGCCAAGCACUUCAAUAGCAACUAUAGCACUACUUAGCCUAAGUAUAGUUUUGCGGCAAUGUACACACAUAAUACAAUUGUUUUUUUUCUGCAAAACUUUUAUUCCCAUACUUGUUACUAAUUGUUUAGCCAUUCUUUUUCGAUAUAAAUUAUUUGGACAACUUGGUAUACAUACUUAACAUAUAUUAUAUAUAUUGAACUGAUGUUGUUGUGCAAUCGAAAAUCCCAGAUGUUAGAUUUUAAAGGAAUCGUCCAUUCAGUAUGUAUCACAUCAUGGAAUAUAGUGGAGGCAGAUGUAGGUAAACACUUAUACCUUUUUUGUUGUUGCCACAUUGUGUUGCAUCUACCCGGAAGUAAAUGUGUAGUCUGUGUCACAUUCCAGCUGUCUUUGCAUUUGAAAACAAACAUAUACACCUUGGCCUGGUAUAAGCCCUGUGUUGGUCUCUGAGACACCGAAACAAACUGUCUCUAAUGGGCUGCAUUUGUGAAUUGACUGCUGCUAUGCAUUGUAGUUUUGUAACACGACUUGAAUUCAGUGUUUUCGUAAACCUCAGGUUGUCUGAGUCGAUUGUUUGAUUUGCGUUUAGUGUUUUGGGGUCUCUCCCACCCCCCCCCCCCCCCCACCCCCCCUGCACUCCAUGUCUGCCUUGUCCAUCUUUUACAAAAUGAGAUUUACCAGCCUCUGGAAUGGAGCGAUAGGAAACAGUAGGUUGUUCAACAAAUGAAUGGUCAUCAGUGGGGAGAACUGAUGUAGAAAAAUAAAAGGUAACUUGCACAAAUGUAUUUUCACACAGUGAUUGUAAUUCAGAGCGAUGUGUACACACUGCCAUGAGAGAUCAUAGCCAUGGACGGUGUCAAUAGAAAUGUAUUUGCAGGGGAUAAAGAGUCCUUUAGUUAAAGUAACUAGAAGAAAAACGUCACGAAAUAAGAGCUUGCCAUGAAAGUAGUAUAGUUUCCAAAUUAGAAUUUUUACUCAAGAGCUUUAUUAAAUGUAUUUUGUAAAGCGACAACCAAUAAUAUUGAAUGUCUGUUCCUUAUUCUCCUCACUUUUGAUGGCCAUUUAGCCUUGGAAAUCCAUUUAGCCUUCAUCUUUUUGCUAAUAUUAGAGGCAUUUCAUUUCAAUAAACUUGUUAUGCAUUUUUUUUGAUAAGCUGCUGAAUUAUAAAGUAAAAUUAGUACUACUGGGGCCACCAAAUAUUUUGGAUCAUGCAAAGAAUCUAUAUUGUACUGUAGUAAUUUUUGUAACAAUAUUUGUACAAUGAUCAAGUGGGUGUGACUGGUUACCAUUGCUUGAAUCUUUACAUUGUUCAGAAUAAAUUGUUUACAUUG